AUGGAUGAUGUGUUUGCUAUAUUUAAAAAGAAAAACAAAACAAAGAAAAGGUCAUCAAUAACAGAUAAUACAGAAAAUAGAAGUAAGAGAAAGAGUUUAUUUCAUUUGAAUCGUAAGAAUCCUAGAAGAGCUCAUAAUGAAGAUGAUACAUUCAGUUCUUAUGAACCUUUAAAUAAAUUAUCAAAUGAGAAAAAAACUAAUAAUGAUUUAGAAAAUAUAGUUGUUGUUGAUUUUCCUCCUUUACCUUUAAAAAAUACAGAAGUAUGUUUAUCGUUUUAUUAUAUCCAGUAUCUUAGAAAUCAGCUUUUAUAUGGAAAUCAAAAUAUACAAAUUGACGAAAAUACAAGAAUGAUAGCAGAAGCAUUAUUAGAUAAAAUAGAAAAUAAUAUAUAUGAAUUAGAGAACACGGAACAUUCUGAAGAUAAGUAUAAAAAUGAUAUAAAGAUACUUGUGUAUAAAUCUAUAUAUGAUAGAUAUUAUAAAAUAAUUACUACAUUUCUUACUUAUUCAGAUGAUAUUCCUUUACCUAGUAAUUUAUAUGAAUAUACUUUAAAUAAUGGAGCAUAUAUAAGAUCAAGGAAAAAUAAUGAUUUUAAUUGUAGAGAAAAUAUACAUAAUAUAUAUUCUUAUUUAGAUAAUGUAGAAGUAGGAGAAAAUGAUUUAUCUAUUAAUGAUGAAAAAAUAUAUAUUGAUAAUAUUGAUAUAAGCAAAGCUACUAUAUUAAAUAAAGCAUUAAUAAACAUUGAUAUAGAUAUUGAAUAUCUACCCCUCAAAAUAAAUUCUUCUUAUUAUUACAAUAAUUUACAAUAUGCUAAGCUAUUUUUAAAUGAUGCUGUAAAUAUGUCUUUAUAUGAUAAAGCACUUGGAGAAUUGAUUGUCGUGAAAGCUUUAGUAGAUAUACCCAAUGUAGAAAUAGAAUUUAUUGAAGGAUUUGAAAUCAAAGAAAUGAAAGCUGGGGAAAGGCAGUGGAUUCCAAUUUAUAUAGCUAUUUCUCUUUCUUCGUAUGCGUAUGUAGAUGUAGAAUUCCCCUUUUGGUUUUAUAUAAAGAAUUUUAUAAAUAUAAAAGAACAAGAAUAUAAAAACCCUAACGAAUUGUUUGACUUGCCUUCACCCUAUUUUUUUGAAAUUUGCUAUAUGUUUCUUGAUCAAAAGAUUUUUUCUAAAGCUACACCUAUAGAAACUGUAGGCCAGAAAAGUUAUUUUAAAUAUAUGGCAAAAGUGGCAGGAUACGUUGAAGAUAUUAAACAUUGUAGGGAAGAAAAAAUAAUAAAGCAUUUAGAAGAGCAAGAUGUUCAUUCCAAUUAUAUUUAUAUUUCUAAUUUACAAUAUUCAGAAACUUAUCUUGUUAAUCUAUCCUUAUAUAGUUUCUGGAAGUAUGAUAAAAAUUUAAACGAAAAAACAAAUACAAUUGAUUUUACCUCUUAUUUAUUAGAACCAUUUAUAAAAGAGGAAAACGAAGAUAACGUUCUAAUGGAUUUAUAA